AUGUUGCCUAUCUCACGUGCUUUCAAGUUGCCUGAGUGGUUUGGUUGGGUUGCUAAUCUGGUAAGUAAAGUGUAUUACUAGAAGACUUUAAUGCUAAUGAAGUGUCACAGAUUGGAUUGGUAUAUCUAAUCGUCACAACAGUCCUGUUUUUGUUUCCACCCGAAUUGCCCGUCACAGGGUCGAAUAUGAGUAUGUCCUUCUCACAUUCACUCUUGUAAUGAUCGCUAAGAAGUAUUAGACUACUGUAUUGUAGUAUUCUUCAUUAUCCUCGUCCUCUCCAUUAUGCAAUGGUUUAUCGAUGGAAAGAAGAACUAUAAUGGCCCAAGAAUCAACAUUGACAAUUUGCAAAACGCUGAGGUGGAAGGUGUAGAUGCGAGUCAUGAAGAGGAGAGCUCGAUUGAAGCUGGGAAGGUUACUAAGUGAUCUUGUAAGAUAAAGGAAUGAUUUGCUUUUUAAAGACUAUAGAUCUAGCCAGGGAGUAAAAUAUGUACAGUACAUAAUAUUGCAGAGGAUUUUGGCAUUAGAC